AUGGCGUCUUCUACGAAUGAUUCAAAUUUGGCCAAAAAAGCCGUAUUAUGGAUUCCAAAUAUUGUUGAUGGGUUUUCAUUAGCGACAUUGAUUGGAAAAGCGAAUCCCGAUGGAUUAAUUGAAGUUGUUGUGAUGGAAACCGGUGAAAAGGAUUGUCAUGAUGCAAAUUCAUCAAAGUAUGACAAAUGCGAAGAUAUGGCUUUGCUCCCUUGCUUGAAUGAAGCAUCGGUUCUCAACACGUUGAAGCAGCGUUUUUCAUCAGAUUUGUUUUAUGUAAGUUUCGCAUUUCUUAUUACAUAUGUCGAAUUCGCGAAUUCAAUUUUUUAAAAAUUUUCAGACGUACUCUGGUUUGUUCUGUGUGGCGAUUAAUCCAUACAAGACAAUUUCAAUGUCUACUGAAUCGUUUGCUGCACAAUUCAAGUGCCAACAGCAAAAGGACAUUCCACCACAAAUAUGUAUUUGCUAUUGCGAAUGACGCUUAUCGAAGCAUGAUUCGAGAAAAGAAGAAUCAGUCGAUUUUAUGUACUGGCGAAUUCAGGGAAAAUCGAUUUGUAUUAGUUUUGAUCAAAAUGGAAGCAUUUCGGCGGGAGAAUCUCUUAUGCUCGAAAAUCAAGUUUCGUCAUAUAAUUUCUUGACAAAUGGAGAUUGCAAUAUUCCUGGCGUCGAUGAUGCAGCUCGAUUUUCCGAAACACUUGCAUCAAUGUCACAAAUAGGAUUGAAUGAUGAAGAAAUAAAUGGAGUUCUUCGAAUUGUUUCCGCUAUUUUGUUGAUGGGAAAACUGUUCAAAGAGAAUGCACUCAUCGUUCACAAAAUGUAGAGCAAGUCAAAUUCUCAGUUGGUGCAAUAUUGCGAAAGCUUGCUAUGAAAGACUUUUCAGGUAAUUUCUUUUCUUCGAAAACCCUAUUUAGUCUUUAUUUGUUUCCAGAUGGCUUGUGCAAUUAUAUUAG